AAAACAAAGUUAGACCUCACACCCCUUUCGUUAAUGUGAACUUCAAUAAGGAAGAAAAUCAAGAUGGGAUUUAUUUGGCGAAAAAUCAAACCAAAUUCUUGGUUUGAUGCUGUAUCUGUAAUAUACGCACAGAUUAUGAUUCAUGCUGGCCUUUUGUAUGGAGAAUUUAUAGUUCUCCCUUGGCUGAUAGAGACGUACAAUGUCGGGUUGGUAAAGAUUUGCAUGUAUCAUAUUUAUGCAAUUUUCAUUUACUUCAACGUUAUCGGUCGAAUGUGGAAAAUAUGCUCUACAAACACAUCGACUGUUGGAAAGAUCUUGCCUACAUUACUAAAACCAGGUUGGUUCUAUUGUACAAUAUGUGAGGCCAAUUCUCCCCCUCGAGCAUUCCACUGCAAAACAUGCAACAAAUGCAUUCUCAAGCGUGACCAUCACUGCAUGUUCACCGGCAAGUGUAUCGGCUACUAUACCUACGGUCAAUACCUUCUCCUCGUCUUCUACGUCUGGCUCGGCACAAUGUUUGCCGUCAUCAUGGGUUUCGAGUUCACCUGGAGUUAUGUCCUUGGAGGAUUUUCAUUCUGGAGUGUAAUCUACUUCAUUUUCCCUCUGAUAUGCUUUGUCACGGGGCAGUUGAGCUUCUACACUACGGCAGCGUCAUUCCUUUGUUUGCUGGCAUCUGUGUUUUUCGUGUUACUAACAUUCCUGAUGAUCUACCAUGCUAAGCAUGUGUAUUACGGACAGGUCACUUACGAAAGAACUCAUAACGUUUAUGCAUAUGAUCUUGGCUGGAAAAUCAACUUUCUCUCUGUGUUUGGAUCAAAAUGGCAUCUUUCUUGGAUAUUUCCCAUGAUUGAGUCUCCUUUACCAGGAGAUGGAAUAGAAUUUGUUAAAAAAGAAAAUUAUGAAAAUCCAAAGAAUGUAUGAUCAUCCUUGACGGCAUCUGAACUGUUACAUUACCAUCCGCCCAACAAACAUAUUCCAGAUGUUAUAAGAGUUUCACCAUAGUAAUUAUAGUACAGUAUAUAGCAAAACAGAUAUUUCAUAGUUUUUGUUUUAGUAAAUAUAACAAAAUUGAAAAUAACCUGGUUUUUAUUUCAGUUUGAAUUUCUGGAAGGCACAGGCCUUGAUCACAUAAUCUGAGCUCGAUAAUAAUAGUAAUUUGAGGUUCUUAUAUACUGCUUUAUCACAACCUAGAUCGUAGGUUGUCUCAAACCGGUUCACAAAUAAUUAUUCGUGGUUAUAGGGCCUUUUCAACUAGCCAAUAUCUUUCUCAACUGCCUGGGGAGCAUACAGCUUGUGCUGCCAUUCCGGCACUCACAGCUAGCAUUCAACAAUUCUAGCACUGCCCUACCACAUACUCAUUUACAGCUGAGUAGACUGGAAUAAGCGGAGUAAAGUAUCUUGCUCAAAGAUACAACACAGUGCCAGCCGUGACUCAAAUCUGCAACCCUUCGGUCACAAGCCCCGCGUCCUACCACUAGACUACUGUGCCUCCAAUUGGUGUACAAGAACUGUUUUAGGUACACAGACCCUGGAAUUUCAUAUGUAAUAUACGUAUACAAAAUAAAUUAAUUAGGUGUUUUGUUGCCAUUUCAUCAUUUUUAAAUCAAAAGUGUCAUUGUUUUGAAGGAAAUGCUUUUGAAAUUUAAAUCUGAAACUUACUAUGUAUAUUGUAUUGGCUGGUACACAAUACAGUUAUUUUACUUAUGUUUCGUUUUGUUUAAGAAUAGUUGAUAUAUUUUAUUGAUCAUUUAUGCCCCCAGUUUUAGUAAAUGAUAGAUUAAUGUGCCAUUAAUAAGUUAAUAGUAUCACAAUUUUUUUUACAAUUUACAAUUUACAUUGAAUCAAGUGUAUAUUUGAAUUGAUAAACUUCUGAAAACAUUUUGUAGAGUCAAAUCUGUAUUUAGAAACAACCCAAUGGAAGAUUCAAAAGUGCAUGGUCUUUUGUCAGAGGAUGUUUCUUAAUACAGUGGUAAUACUGUAUAGAGUAAACUACUAUAGGAAUGUCUCUAUAAUUAAGGUAAAAAGUACCACUGCAACAGUUGCAAACACAAAGAAGAGUUCCGCUUCUUUAUACAUGUAUAUAGAAGAUGAAGCAGCAAAAACAAGCUUUUCAGACUUAGAGUAACUUCCCUUGUCUACGCAUUUGUUAUUAGUAUCAAUUUAUAAUUUCUGAAUAUUACCAUUGGAGAAGUGUACAUGUAGGAUUGAAAGCGUGUAAACUCCCAAUAUGUUACCCAGGUUUUGUAUCACAUGACUAGAUAUUGCUUUAUUACCAUUUUAUGUUAUUUGCCUUAUUGACCGAACUAAGUGUCAGCCUGGUAAAAUACUAGCCGACUUGGCUAGGGAGAAUAUCUUUUUAGAUCAUUCGAUACAGUGAUAGACUAGUAAACCUGAGGUCACAGGUUUGACUCCUAGCUGAGGCAUUGAAAAAAUAAUGACCUCUGUUACAUUGACGCCCACGUAGGGACUCCGGAGAUAUGACAAAAAUACUCGACGAUACUUGCAAGAAUCGCUUUGACCCCUGGAAAACUUGUGACAAGUUCUUUCCUGGAGGGGGAGUAUGUCACCCUGGUAAAAUACUAGCUGCUUCCUACUGUAUUGAACCACAUGUGCAUGUGAGCAAUUUUAAGCUCAAAGUUCAAAACAAAACAAAAUCAUUAUUUCAUUUCAUUUAUUAUUUGAAACUGCUUGG